UGAUCCCAGUGAACCACCUCCUCAACCUCUCCGUGUCCUUUCCUCCUGAUUCCUCCUUCUUUCAACUCCCCCUUUCAUACCUACACACUUGUUCAUCACUCCUUUUCAUAAGUAGUGAACUCCUUUCGAUAUCUAGACAUAGUGUCGUCUUCUUGGAACAUCAAACGGUCCCCUAGUCUCUCCCACGCCUCCGAGUAAUCACAUCAAAAAAUAAUCAUGUGUGGCAUUUUCGGCUACAUCAACUACCUUGUCGAAAGAGACCGCAGGUUCAUUCUCGAUACUAUACUUAACGGUCUUUCUAGACUCGAAUACCGCGGUUAUGAUUCAGCCGGUCUCGCAGUCGAUGGCGACAAGAAGAAGGAAGUCUGUGCCUUCAAGGAAGUUGGCAAGGUCGCUAAGUUGAAGGAACUCAUUGAAGAGUCCAAGCCCGAUUUCACCAAGACUUUUGAGUCCCAUGCUGGCAUUGCUCACACACGCUGGGCUACUCAUGGUACUCCGUCUCGCCAGAACUGUCAUCCUCACAGAUCUGAUGCCAACUGGGAGUUUGCUGUUGUUCACAAUGGUAUCAUCACCAACUACAAAGAAUUGAAAGCCUUGCUGGAGAGCAAAGGAUUCCGCUUCGAGACCGAGACUGACACGGAAUGCAUCGCCAAGCUUACUAAGUAUCUUUAUGAUCAGCAGCCAGACAUUGACUUCACGGUGUUGGCCAAGGCUGUUGUCAAAGAACUCGAAGGCGCUUUCGGUCUCCUCAUCAAGUCUGUGCACUAUCCUCAUGAAGUUAUUGCGGCCCGCAAAGGUUCCCCGCUUGUUAUUGGUGUGCGAACUUCAAGGAAGAUGAAGGUGGACUUCGUUGAUGUGGAAUACUCCGAAGAUGGCCCCCUCCCAGCGGAGCAGGCUUCUCAAAACGUUGCCAUCAAGAAGUCUGCUACUGGAUUGCUUGCACCUCCUGACAAGUCACUCCUGCACCGGUCCCAGUCUCGCGCUUUCCUUUCCGAUGACGGCGUUCCUCAGCCAGCCGAAUUCUUCUUGUCAUCAGACCCAUCAGCGAUCGUUGAGCACACUAAGAAGGUCCUUUACCUAGAAGAUGAUGACAUUGCUCAUAUUCAUGAGGGACAGCUGAACAUCCAUCGUUUGACUAAGGAUGAUGGCACGUCUAAUGUCCGCGCCAUUCAGACCAUUGAACUUGAGCUACAGGAGAUUAUGAAGGGUAACUUUGAUCACUUUAUGCAGAAAGAGAUCUUUGAGCAGCCCGAAUCCGUGGUUAACACUAUGCGCGGUCGACUGGAUGUCGCAAACAAGCAGGUCACACUGGGCGGUCUCCGGCAGUAUAUUUCUACCAUCCGUCGGUGCAGAAGAAUCAUCUUCGUAGCUUGUGGAACCAGUUACCACUCAUGCAUGGCUGUGCGUGGUGUUUUUGAGGAGCUUACUGAGAUUCCUAUCUCAGUUGAACUUGCCUCGGACUUCCUGGACAGACAAGCGCCUGUGUUCCGUGACGACACAUGUGUCUUCGUUUCCCAGUCAGGAGAGACAGCCGAUUCCCUGAUGGCCUUGCGCUAUUGUCUCGAGCGUGGUGCCUUGACUGUUGGUAUUGUUAAUGUUGUCGGCUCAUCCAUCUCCCUCCUGACUCACUGCGGUGUGCACAUCAAUGCUGGUCCAGAGAUUGGUGUCGCUUCUACGAAGGCAUACACAUCGCAGUUCGUGGCCAUGGUUAUGUUUGCACUCUCGCUUAGCGAGGAUCGGGCUUCCAAGCAGAAGAGACGCGAGGAGAUCAUGGAGGGUUUGGCCAAGGUAUCAGAGCAAUUCAAGGAGAUCCUGAAGCUCAAUGAGCCCAUUAAGCAGAUGUGCGCCAAGUUCUUCAAGAACCAGAAGAGUUUGCUGCUGUUGGGUAGAGGUGGCCAGUUCCCUACGGCCCUUGAAGGUGCGCUUAAGAUCAAGGAGAUCUCCUACCUGCACUGCGAGGCUGUUAUGUCAGGCGAACUGAAACACGGUGUCCUUGCCCUUGUCGAUGAGAACCUACCCAUCAUCAUGAUCCUUACGAGGGAUAACAUCUUCUCAAAAUCACUGAACGCUUAUCAGCAAGUCAUUGCCCGAGGAGGCCGCCCUAUCGUGAUCUGCAAUUACGAUGAUCCAGAGUUCUCUGCCGCUCAAACAGAAAAGAUUGAGGUCCCGAAGACGGUCGAUUGUCUUCAAGGUCUUUUGAACGUUAUUCCAUUACAGCUUAUUUCCUACUGGCUUGCAGUGGGAGAGGGUCUCAACGUCGAUUUCCCCCGUAACCUCGCGAAGUCGGUUACUGUUGAAUAGAGAGCGACGAAGCAAAAACGAUAGAUUCGUGGGCA